AUGAUUACCAUUCGCGGAGACAGCCUCAUCAAGGUCGGGGUUCAGUAUCUUCCUCUGACAAUUGUGGGUUGUGCAAAUGCAUUUUUCGCAGCAUGGCUGGUCCCGCGAGUUCCCGCUCAAGUGAUCAUCAGCAUAGGUUGUUUGGCAAUGACCGCCAUUAAUAUUUUAUCGGCCACUAUUCCAGAACACCUAACAUAUUGGGCAAUGGCUUUCCCAGCCAUAUUUCUGUCCGCUUUCACAAUCGAUUUGAUUGUCACAAGCGCUCAAAUCAUUACUAGUAACACAGUAUCAAUCAAGCAUCAGGGUGUUGCGGGGUCCUUAGUCGGAACGUUACUCAGCUACGGCAUGAGCACCGGCCUUGGCUUUGCCGGUACCGUAGAGGUAAACACAUUUGAUGAUGGGAGGGAUCUCCUCGAAGGUUAUCAUUGUGCUGCUUAUCUACCUGUGGGCUUAGCUGUCGCUUCUCUAAAUGGUAUUCAUCCGCAUCCCUAA